UAUAAUUGUUUUAUAAUAUAAGUUACUGUUCAUUGUACACAUGGAUGAUCAUGAUUUCACUUAUAGAAAAAGUGACUGGAGACAAACCCCUCCCAGGAAAAAGGGUUAGACCUUGUCUGAAAAUAACAAACGCCAAGAUUAUAGAAUUGAAGAAGAUAGACAAUGAGGCUAGAUCUAAGGAGACAUCAAAAAGAAAAUUGGUCCCUUUACCUCCCAAUUCCAAUGAGGGAGCUGAUCAAAAAAGAAAAAGUCAUCAACUAUAGCAAGUGCUUUUAAUACGCAAGCUAGAGAGACACUCGACUUCGAAAUUGCUAGGAUGUUUUACUCGGCUGGUUUACCAUUUCAUCUAUCAAGAAAUCCUUACUUUAGGAGGGCAUUUUCCUAUGCUGCUAACAAUAGUAUUCCUGGUUACCAACCUCCUGGUUACAAUAAAUUAAGGACAACAUUGCUUCAUAAUGAGAGGAGUCAUGUGGAGAACUUAUUGCAGCCGAUUAGAAAUACAUGGAAUCAAAAGGGUGUCACGAUUGUUAGUGAUGGAUGGAGUGACCCACAAAGAAGACCUCUUAUCAAUUUUAUGGCUGUCACAGAGAGUGGUCCUAUGUUUUUAAAGGCAGUAGACUGUUCAGGUGAGGUAAAAGAUAGAGAAUUUAUUGCCCAAAAAAUAAAGGAUGUCGUUAUGGAGGUUGGACCUUCAAAUGUUGUGCAAAUAGUGACCGACAAUGCAGCGGUUUGUAAGUCGGCUGGUUUAAUAAUUGAGGCUGAAUUUCCUAAUAUCUUCUGGACCCCGUGUGUUGUUCACACAUUAAAUCUUGCUUUGAAGGACAUAUGCGCAGCUAGGAAUACAGAAAGAAACAAUGAAAUUUUCGAAGAAUGUCGUUGGAUUACCCAAGUUGCAGAUGAUGCAAAUUUUAUAAAGAAUUUUGUCAUGCUACACUCUAUGAGAUUAUCGAUUUUCAAUUCAUUCAAUUCAUUAAAGUUUCUUUCUGUUGCUCCAACAAGAUUUGCCACUACUGUUGUAAUGCUUAAAAGGAUUGCCUUAUUGAAAAAGGGACUUCAAAAUAUGGUGAUUAGUGAACAAUGGACUUCUUAUAAGGCAGAUGAUGUUCAAAAGGCUAAAUUUGUGAAGGACACCUUGUUGGAUGAUACUUGGUGGGAUAAGAUUAAUUAUAUUAUUGCUUUCACUAGUCCUAUCUAUGAUGUUCUUAGAAGAACUGAUACAGAAGCUUCAUGUUUACAUCUAGUGUAUGACAUGUGGGAUUCAAUGAUACAAGAUGUGAGGAAGGCUAUAUAUAAACAUGAAAGAAAGGCAGAGGUUGAACAUUCAGCCUUUCAUGAUGUUGUGCACUCGAGAUUAAUUGCUCGUUGGACAAAGAGUAAUACACCUCUUCAUUGUUUAGCUCAUUCCCUGAACCCAAGGUAUUAUAGUCAUGAAUGGCUAAGUGAAGAUCGUAAUCGAGUUUGUCCACAUCAAGAUAAGGAGAUUACUGAUGAAAGAGUAAAAUGCUUCAAAAGGCUAUUUCCUGAUGCUGAUGAAAGGAGAAAAGUGAAUGUAGAGUUUGCCAACUUCUCAGAUGGAAGAGAAGGUUUUGCUGACGUUGAUUCUUUGAAUGAUAAGGGUAAGAUGGAUCCAAAAUCUUGGUGGCUAGUUCAUGGUGUGCAUGCUCCAUUGCUUCAAAAGGUUGCCCUUAAGCUACUUGGGCAACCUUGUUCAUCUUCAUGUAGUGAAAGAAAUUGGAGUACAUAUUCAUUUAUAGAUUCUCUAAGGAGAAACAAGCUGUUACCAAAAAGGGCAGAAGACUUGGUAUUUAUUCAUAGCAACCUUCGACUUCUUUCAAGGAAUAGUCCACAAUACAAUCAAGAGGAAACUAAAAUGUGGGAUAUUGCUGGAAGUGAAUUUGGAUCACUUGAUGAUUGUGGAAUUCUUGAAAUUGCUGAUUUAUCUUUAGAUGAACCUGAGCUAGAAGAUCCCUUUACCAACGAUGAUGUUUAAGUUUUUGGUGUUUUUUUAUAUUAGAAGGAUUAAUUUUAUGUUUAAGUACUAUUUUUUAUGUUUAAGACUAAUGAUGUUUAAGUUUUUGGUGUUGUUUUUUUGUAUUAGAAGGAUUGCUUUUGAUGUUUAAGUACUAUUUUUGAUGUU